GGGUGGAGGCAAUCUCGGGUGGUCUCGUAGUUCCACAGCGGGCAGUCCGUAGCAGGAAUAUUGCAUCCUGCUGCAGACAUACGUCAUUGUUGUGUGUAGAUACAUGGAGCAAACAUGGCAAGUCCAGGGACAGCAGGAAAGGGUCCUUUCUCAUGGCUGCCACAGUAUUUUCCCUGUUUUCUAAACUUCUUGGCAAUAAAGAAGAGGAAGAGAUUACCGAAUCAGAAGAAAGAAUAAUAUAUCUUUUAAAGAAAGCCAAGUUGAGCAUUAUGAAAAGUGAGAUGGAUGAAGCAGAGGAGAUCCUCCAUCAGGCACUUUAUUUGGCCCAGGAGUCAGACAGCAAGAGAGGGAUCAUCUAUACUUAUGACCUGAUGGCCAACUUGGCUUUUCUCAGGGGCCAGCUUGACAAUUCAGAAAAGCUUUUCAAGGCAGCAAUGACCUACAUGCUUGAUGGAGGUGUUAAACAGGAUGAUAACUCUUUCAUUGAGAUAUCACUGAAGUUGGCCUGUAUCUAUGCAGAGCAAAACAAAAAUGAACUGGCUGUGGCCGGAUACCAAUUCUGUAUCCUGAGUCUUAAGGAGAAGAUAGAGAGGGAGGACGGAAUGCUGGAUCUACCAGCAGAGGAAAAGUCCAACACUCGUCUACUCCUGGGUCUCUGUCUGGAUUCGUAUGGACGUUACCUAAUGAGCAUUGCACAAUUUGCAGAAGCACAAGGAAUGUAUGAAAAAGCUCUGCAGAUCUGUAAGGAGGAGCAGGGGGAGCUGCACCCACAGACUGUGACCUUGAUGAAUGAUUUGGCAACUGUGUUGGCUGCACAGGGCUUCCACAAUGAGGCAUGUGACUAUGUGAGCCAAGCUUUUGAGCUGGCAAAAAAAACAGAUCAUCCUGAUCAACAUGUGGUGCUCAGUAACCUGGCCAUGAUUCUUAUGGAGAAAGGAGCAGAUCACUUAGCUGCAGCAGAAAAGAAUUUGAAGGAAGCUCUGAAGAUUGCUGAGGAGAAAAAGGACUUUGCUUCUAUUAAAUAUAUCCAAGAGGAACUGUUUGAACUUGACAGGAGGAAGAAACGCAGUUGAGAUGAUCCAAAGAUUGUAUUUAAAUACAGCUACAUGUUCCAUUGCAAAAAUUAUUUCUAGUUUUUCCGAGCUUUACUCCAUGUGCGUACUUUUUUUGUCAUCUGAUGAGUUUGACAGAUGGAGACAGCACCACCAGUGGUUAAAGGUUUUGCACAAGCACCAUUUCUUUGUGCUCAGAACAUUUCUAUAAUUUAAAAAAAGUAUGCUGUUCCAUGACCUUAACUUUUCAUAAUUCAUAUUAGCUUUCUAUAUUUUUGUUUGCAUACUGAAAUAACCUAAAACUGGUAUUUAAUGA